GCUCGGCGCGAGGCCAGUCCGAGAACGCGACCCUAACACUAACAUCCGGUGUAUUCUAAGAGAGCGAGAGCGAGCGAGAGAGAGAGAGAGAGGGAGAGGGUGACGAGAAUCGGAAACGGAAACGACUGACUGCUUGAUCGCAGUACAAUCGACUGCGCAUCGCCAGUACAAUUGGCACGCUAACAUGAAGAUCGUCCUGUUGCUCUUCGUCGUCGCGGCCUUCGCCUCAGCCCAGAGAAUCACAACGAUUCAGCUCGAUGGCAUACAGUAUUUCGUCUCGCGGAUGAAUCCCUACAGUCCGGAACUCAACUACUUCCUGGCGUAUCAGUAUUGCCGCUCGCUGGGUCUUCAAUUGGCGUCCUUCGAAACGAAGGAGAAGGCCGACACGAUGACGCAAUAUCUGAAAAACGCCGGUUACACGAAAUACGACUUUUGGACCUCCGGCAACAAAUUGGGCACCGACAUGUUUCUGUGGAUGAGCACGGGAUUGCCGUUCAAUGUCACCUUCGACUACAUGCUGAAGCGACCUGGCAACAGACCCGCCGACGUGCCGCCCGGCACCGAACCACAAAGGGUGGCACGUGAAAGUGGCGACAGCGGCAGCGCAGACGGAUGCGUCGCGAUGAUUGCACCUACGUUAGCUUGGGAGGCGCAAGAUUGCACCCUCGUGAAGGACUUUAUCUGCGAGCAAACAAGAUGCUACUACUACAACUACGGCAGUAUUCCAGUCUCCGCGACUCAGGGAAAUCACAGGCCCUACAUCACGACCACCUCGGCGCCAGCCAGCGACGACCAAGCGAGUGAUCGCGAAGACACCAGCAGCAACAUCGAGGAUAUCCAUCCGGGUGGCGACGCCCAGGACGAGCAGGCGACACCAUCGGAAAUCGAGAAACUAUCAGAGGACCCGGUCGUCAGCAGGCUGAUCACCACGGCCGCUCCCGCAUCUGGCAAUCAGCAACAGCAACAACAGCAGCAACACGCCGCUGGAGCAGCGUCGUCGCCGUUCGACGACGGUCACGAGCACGAGCGCUCGGCCGUCGGCGACGUGGACGACACUCGACCGGAGCACAUCCCGGAUAUCGCGAGCCUGUUCACCGAACACGCCGCCGUGGCGUCCCAAGCGCGCAAAGACAGCGUCUUCGACGGUCUCGAGACCCGCGAGAUUCUGCGGCCAUCGGCGUCUCGCCCGGUCGUCUCCUCCUCCUCCUCAUCGUCGGAGAUGAGGAUGGAGCAUCGCGAGUCCCCCGAUUACGGCGACCUGGCCGCGGAGACCGAGCUGCCCAACAACGGUCUCGAGGACGCUCACACGAUCGGACCCUACGACAGCGUGCAGGAUUACGUCAACGACCAGCCGGCGGCGGACGCGACGAUGAUGAAGGACCAGGACGACGACAGUAGCACGAUCCUGCCAGAGGCGGAACCGGCCUACAGGUACAACAUCAAAGUGCGCACCAACGGCAAAGUAUUAGACCCUCCGUCCAAGUAAACGCUUCACUUCCUUCCUAGACAACGUCGCGUUAUCUAGCGUCGUAUAAGUGACAGACACAUAUGCAAACACUCAUAUACACGUAUACAUACACACAGAUCGACAUUCUUGAGGAAAACUAGGUAUAUAUAUACAUAUGUAUAUCUCUCACGAAUUCGUUUCGUGACACGAGCGGCGAACUGUCGCCGUUUAGCUCUAACUUAAGAUGUACACUUCCCCUUUCGAUACAAUGCUCGAUAGUUUUGGAUCAGAGAAAGAGGCACGAUUUAAACUGGCUUUCUCGGUCGGCGGCAGGCAGAAAUGAAUGAUUUCGGAUCAUCCGGUUAGAAUUGUUCGGCGCUUUGAAACGAACGCGGCGAAGCUUGAAAAAAUGAUAAUCUUGUUGAAGAAAAGAAAGAAGCCGCGGUUAAUUAAUCGAAAGGACGAAUUGUUCUCCUGCCGACGUUACUCGACAAGCUAUACAUUUUUUUCACAAGGGCAUUUACACGAUUAUUUAGUUCAUCCUGAAUCAUUGAUGACGCCGGCGGACGAAUCUAUUUUAUCAUCGUCAUUUAGUCUUCAUUUCAAGUUUAUCAUCUCUAAUUAAUUCUCUCAGUAUUCAAUGUCAUUAAAUAUUAAUAUUAAGAUUCAGAAAAAUUAAAAAAAAAGAAAAUGCGAAUUUACAAUCGACAUUUAAUUACCAGCACGUCCGCCAGCGUCUUAUAUCUUCAUAAGGAAAUAAUCAUCAUCAUAUUUAACGUAUAUCUAUACGUCUGCAAGACGAAACGUUCGAUAAUCCAACUCUUCCCGAUAUUCUCGAGACGAUGGAUGUUAAAAAGACCACGAAUGUCAGUCUUUUUUUAACGUUUCGGUCAUUCAGACGUAUGAUUAUUCGCGUACGUAGUUUCGUCAACGUGAAAUGUUGUUCUCUAACUGCUACGGUAAGUCACUUCCACAUUAAUUAUGCGUACAACGGCGCGAAUGUGCGACUUGUAUAACUGAACUUUAAUAAAGGUACAAUUACAAUCUUA